AUGAGUACGGUAGCAGCGCAAGCACCGGGUGACCGCCAGCAGCCGCAAGUCCAGCCUUGUAGGUGCGUAAAUGAGAUCGCCGUGCUCAAGAAGGUGUCGAUGGGCCACCAGAACAUCCUCACGCUCGUCGACUACUUCGAGACCAUGAACAACCUCUACCUUGUGACCGACCUCGCCCUCGGCGGUGAGCUCUUCGAUCGCAUUUGCCGCAAGGGUUCGUAUUACGAAUCGGACGCCGCCGAUCUAAUCCGCGCUGUUCUUUCGGCCGUCGCCUACUUGCACGACCACGGUAUCGUCCACCGCGACCUGAAACCCGAGAAUUUACUCUUCCGCACCCCAGAAGACAACGCCGACCUAUUGAUCGCCGACUUUGGCCUCAGCCGGAUCAUGGACGAGGAACAGUUCCACGUGCUCACUACCACCUGCGGUACCCCUGGCUACAUGGCGCCCGAGAUCUUUAAGAAGACGGGCCACGGCAAGCCGGUCGACCUGUGGGCGUUGGGGGCGAUCCUCAACGCGGACUACAGCUUCACGCCGAUCGAGUACUGGCGCGGGGUGUCGGACAGCGCCAAGGAGUUCAUCCGGAAGUGCCUGACGAUCGACCCGGGGAAGCGCAUGACGGCGCACGAGGCGCUGCAGCACCCGUUCGUGGCGGGGUGGGCGCUGGUGUCGGCUGGCGGCGAGGGCGCCGACAAGGGCACCAACCUGCUGCCCACGGUCAAGAAGAACUUCAACGCCCGCCGCACGCUGCACGCCGCGAUCGACACCGUGCGCGCCAUCAACAAGCUGCGCGAGGGCCAGGCCGGCGGCUUCAUGAACGGCGUACGCAGCCGCGAGCCCGCCCGCGGGAGCCCGGCCACUAACGGCAACGGAAACGGCAACCCAGCGCAAGCCCAACCCCAGGGCGCAACAACGGAAACAACGACGGCGACGACAUCAACAUGGAGGGACGCGCCUCCUGUUCCUGCUGCUGCUGUUGACGCGCCCCCGCCGGCAUCCUCGCACUGCGCACCUCCCGCCGGCGUAUGCGGUGCCGCUCUAGCCUUGAGGUCUGGGCAGCGAGGUGAAUAA